AUGGUUGCAAUGGAACCAUCUUUGCUUAUAAACAAAUCACCAGGGGUUCCUCGUGACCUAGUUCUGCAAGGAAUUUUUCCAAGAAUUGUUCGCGACAUUUUUAUUCAUAUAUACAACAGGGACAAGAAUCUACGAUUCCAUAUGAAGGUUUCGUAUCUCGAAAUUUAUUUGGACAAAAUUCGUGAUUUACUUGAUGGCAUUUUGCUGUCAGUAGUUAGCAUUUGCCACAUCGUGUCAAAAAGCAACUCAUGCGUUCACGAAGACAAGAGUAAGGUGCCUUACGUCAGCGGUGCAACGGAAAGGAUUGUUUCGACCCCUGAGGAACUGCUUGAUAUCACCGACGAAGGGAAAGCCAAUCGCGCCACAUCUCUGUAG